CUCGCCCUGCUGUCAACUCUUCUUCAACACCAUCGGCGUUUGUGCGUUUGUUUAGAUCAGGAACCAUCUCUCAUAUCAAAAGAAUUUAUUUUCCUCUAAUUUUCUCGAGUGUGUAUUUGUAAUCAUGCAGCAGCUUCCACUGCUGAGGUCCGAGAACGAAACGGUGGAUUUUGGUCGACGAUGCAGGGAACACCAUGGACCGCCGGCGUGGAGCGACGGGGCAGAACUUCCGGUCCUGACUCAGCCCGGCCUGGGAGUGACGACCACGACGGUGACGAGCAUCACACAGACGGGGGGAGACUGGAGCACGGGGCUGUUUGAUGUGUGUAACGACGUCGGCACCUGUUUAUUAGGGGUGUCUGUGCCGUGCUGUCUGGAGCUGAGUCUGGCUCAUCAGUACGGUGAGUGUUUGUGUCUCCCUCUGCUUCCUGCCUCCACGUUCGCUAUGCGGGUCGCCAUCCGAGAGCGUUUCAAAAUCAGGGGCAGUGUGUGUGAUGAUUGGGUGACGGUUUACUGCUGCUAUCCCUUCGCUGUGUGUCAGAUGAUGCGGGAGAUGAAGAGGAGGAUGAAGAGCCAGAUGUACACCGUUACCACUACACUGGAGAAUCCCUUCUGAGAAACUGUUUCUGUGUGUGUGUGUGUGUGUGUGUGUGUUUACGAUGAAGAUUCAAUUAUUUGUAACAUGUACCCUACAGCACAGUCCAUCACUGGAGCAGGGUGAAGAGCCUCGCUCAGGGUUUUUUUUUGAGCCACCACUUUUGGACAUUUAAUUGCAAUCAUUUAAUUUAGAAUAUAUUUCUUUAGCUCUUUCAACACUAGACAGCGUCCCAGAGGAGGUUUACAGGACCCUGGAUGUAGAUGCAGACAGUGAAGAAGCCCUCGGUGCGGGAGGAGAAGAAAAGGAAAAAGACCUGAGAUGACACGAGGGAAAUGGAACCCGUCCUCCUCACUUGAGUGACUCUGGAUAGUGUGAUGAUUAUUAUUAAAUCCUCAGGCUACAGGUGUAGAGAUAAGAGUAAAGACGAACAUCAGGCCUUUGAGUGAGUUUACACAACUUUAAGUGUGAGACUCAGAUUGUGAAUGCGAGUCUGUAGGAUUACAUUAAGAUCGUUCAGCACUGGUGCGCCGGUUUAUUUCUGAAUCCUCUUGAAGAUCGGAAGAGUGUGAAAGAAUCCUAUAAUGACAGGAAGACAUGAACUCAAACCCUCACUGUAGUUCAGCCUUCACGCAUGACUUAAGAGGAAGUGUGGGAUCGGGAUGGAAUUGAAGAUUACACAGUAGGAACUUCAAUUCAGUUAGGUUUUACACAAGCAAUUACAUUUUGAACGUGUCUAAAUGGGAAACAUCGUCACUCAGGAAUGAUAAAAUGUUGACGAAUUCAGUAGUGCUGUGGAAGUGUCGGAUCAUCUAUGGUUCAGUAGUUCAGUAUUCACGAGAACAAAGCAGGAUUUCUUUUGAUCCAUUUUCCACAAUUUGGAAAGCAUUGACCUUUUGUUUGAAGAAAUCGUUCACAUUCAUUUUUAUUUUCUGUUUAUUUAUUUUAAUAAUACAAUAAACAAAUUCACUGCCUCUUCUUUUUGGACUAAAAUAAAAGAAUCGUUAGUAUUCAUUACUUCUUUAAUGACUGUGUACGUUUACAGUUUGUGUAAAACCCUGAUCAGUCAAAGACGUUUUAGAGUUCAGUACGUUUAUUCUGAGUUCAGUACGUUUACGCUGAGUUAAAAAAAUUUAUGAUCAUACUCGACCAUUUAAAAUACAAUCACUGACAACAAACCUUGUAUCAGGCUGUAAGUUAUUCAGAGGUGGUUAUAGACUUUGUGCCUCCUGAUGAUGAACCGAGUGCAAUAACAUGCAGAAUUCUUUGUUCAUUGUUAUCACUGAGAGCUUGGAGCUGUCACUACAGGGGACGCAGCAAAUCCUCCAACAUGACUAAAUCUGACCCUGCACACAAAACUAGUACAAUAUAUUAAAUCCACAGCUAUAAAAAAAAAAAAAAGAUUUAUUUUAGCACCCCCUAUAUGUGCAUAGUCUGAUAGUGAUUGACAUUGGACAUAAAACACCCUCUUAUAAACACACAUACUUAGCAUUUAUUUGUUAUUCCGUGAGUUACACAAACAGAACACCGGGCUAGACUUUAUUGAGGGCUACGAAUACAACAUCAACGGCAGACAUCAAACAAAAAAAUCCCUGAUUUUAGGUCUUGUAUCCCCUACAUACAAACAUUCGAGUUACGACCUUUCGAAGAUACAAGCACACGUUCCAGAAUUUAGAUCACGUGUCUGGCAUACAUUGUCAUGUGCAUGCAGUGUGCACCCCAGGAUGUCCAGAAGCGAGCGUAAAAGCAAUGAAGCGCCGAGCAAUAACGAUGGAGACAAAAGUUAAAAUAAUUGAGAGAAUGGAGCGAGGUGAAAAGAGGGCAGACUUUGCUCGUUCUUUUAACAUGAAUUGUUUAAACAUUGGGGAUGAUUCAAAAGAACAAGGACGAGAUCAUGGAUUAAACUUUUAAAGUUGAUAUAUUAAUAAUAACUGUGUAUAGCCAAUUGUGUUAGUAUCUUAGUACCUAGAUAAUGUUUGUUAGACUUACAAACAAAUUAGACUUACGAACCCGCUCUCGGAAUGGAAUUAUUUCAUGUGUAAUAAUAAUAAUGCAUUUUUAAAAAUGUAUAUAUAUAUAUACUGUAUACAUUUUAAAAUGCAUUAUUAUAUAUGUGUGUGUGUGUAUGUAGAGGACUUAGUGUAAC